UCGCGCGGCUCGAGGCGGUCAGUUGCGCGCGCACAGCUCGCUCGUGUUGACAGGCAGCGCGAGGCUGAAGAGUUACGCUUUUUAUUACAGAAAUCGCGCAAAAAAACUGCGCAGGAAUAGUUUUUAACGGGUUUUUACGGUUUACCGUCAGAUUACAUCGAGCACACCGGUUCGCGCGAGGAGUGAACAACACUGAAGAGUGAACAGUGAGGAGUGAACAGUGCUGUAUGUAGGGCUUCAGUCACGGCGGAGCACCGGCUAGCGAUAUUUCUACGAAUUUUCUACGAUAUUUCUACGAUCAGCUGAACUGAACAGGAGUAAAUCAGAGUUUUGGGAUGGAUCCAGGAAUUAGAAAUAAAAGAAGAAUCCUGCUGCCGCUCUUCUGCAUUACUCUGGUUUGGAGGCAAGUGGCAGCAUUAGCAGCAGAGAACGAUAAAGAAUUUAAAUUCUGUGGGUUCUGGAAUCACGGUGACGGCCUGAGGAACCUGGUCUAUGAUUUAAAGACAGGAUGCAACAGUAUCUACAUUUCAGCCAAUGAGAGCACACUGUCCCUCCGCGGAGAGAUCACGGCUCAGUGUGUCAAAUCUGAAGUCAUGCCCCUGUCCUCGUCCCCGUCCCCGUCCCCGGGGCCUAGUCACUUCUGUGUGUACUGGGAGCCUCUGCUGGACCGGUUGAUGGUGAAGGUGGGCGACAGGGAGAUCCCGCUGUGCAAGUCUCGCGGUGUUCAGACGACCUGUUGUACUAAUCUCUCCGGCGGGAGACAGACACCGGCACGGGACUACGGUAUCAUCAACGCCAGCGUAGGUGGAGACCCUAUUACCAGUAAAGUCAUGGCGGAGUACGAGUUCGGAGGCGACUCCAUCAACUGCAAGGAAGAGUUCUGCGAAAAGGUGGUCCAAAAAGCAAGAGGGGCGAACAUGAUCGAGGACGCUGUGAUGAGAUCCAACACUGUGGGAAACGUGGAUCUGCCGUGUGCCGAGAGCUCUGUGAUUGAGAUGAAUGAAGACUUUUCAGGAUACAAUCUUACCCUGACUGCGAAGAAGGAUCCUACCACAGUGCACCUGCCCGCCUGCCUCAAACCUCCAAACAAAACGAAAGCCAAAGUAGUCUGUACUUACUACAAAAACAUCUCCAUGUUCCAGGGAUCUGAGAAGGUUCUGGAUGAAGUGAUCGGGAUCUCUGUGGAAAAUGAGAUUAUUACAAACCUCCCAGAGCCUGUCAGAAUUAAGUUCCAUCACUCUGACAUUCUGGCAAAUCAGACCGCAAAGUGUGUGUCCUGGGACACGAGGAAAGAUAACGAGAUAACGUGGAGGGAGGAGGGUUGCGUAACGGUUCACAUAAACCCCAAAGAAACCGAGUGCCGCUGUAACCACCUCACGUACUUCGCUAUUCUUGUGCAAGUGAACCCAACCAAAACACUGCGCCACCUGCAGGCCCUCACCUACAUUACAGCGGUGGGCUGCGCCGUGUCCAUCGUCAGCUGUGUGGUCCUCUUCAUCGUACUCUGCAGGAGAAGGAACUCCAGGAUACCAACAGGCCGGCGGUCCAGCAGCCUGGUGCACCGUGGCCUGGUGGUGGCGCUCUUCUUCCUGUGUCUCCUCUUUGUCCUCACCGGCACUAUUGGUAAUUUGGAGCACCAGGGGGCGUGUGUGUUCAUGGGGGCACUACUGCACUACGCUCUGCUCAGCACCCUCUGCUGGAUGGCUGUGGAAGUGAUCCAGUCGUUCAUGAUGGUCUGCAUGGUAUUCAAACGGUUAGACCCAAACCCAUGGAUCUGGUACCUGCUGGGAUUCGGUUUUCCAGUUCUGCCUGUGGUUAUUCUGGCGUCCAUGGGGAAUAUUUACGGUCAGAGGACAGUUAUGUCCAGUGAUGAAGCUGCAAAGCCCUUUCGCAUGUGCUGGAUGACGGACUCUCACCCGGCUUUACUCGCUCACUUCAUUCUGAACCUGGGCUUCCUGGCUGCGGUGGCGAGCUCCGGCUGCAUCAUGCUCCUCCAGGUGGUGAGACAGGUUCAAAACACAAAACAUAAAGAGUGGGAACAAAAUCGGGUGAAGUUUCUCAGUAUCUGGGGGCUCAGCUGUCUGUUCGGCACCACCUGGACUCUGGCCUUCGGGACGACGUCAGAAACCGUCGUCUUUUUCUUCUGUAUCAUCAACUCUCUGCAAGGAUUUUUCCUGAUGUUGCGGUUCUAUGCUUUGGAGUGGAUCCAGACGCAGAAGACUAAUUCUGAAUCCAGUAGCAGCACUUCCUCCACACCACACAACACGUCAUCAGGCACGGACAAGAGCAAGGAGCCCAUUCUUAAAGAUUCUUAAAGCUUUUCAUGAGCUUUUAUCUUUGUAGAUGAGCUGUGCUGGAUGAACCUGGUCAGUACUGUAACUUAACAUUCCCUUUAGGAGCCAGGUGAGCUCUGACUUUGUUGGAUUUCUAUUUUAACAGCGCAGCUACCUGACUAUUCAUACAGUAAGAUCAACAUCAACAUACAGAGAACUGCUUUCAAUUACACUGCCAAGAUACCAAAAGAUAUGGAAGAGCAGAAUGUUCAUGAAGCUAAUUGAUCAUGAAGUGUCACCUUAGGGCACAGAUCGUACACCUGUGUAAGUUGUGAGGGGAUAUCUUGUGAGUGAGCUUGAUUAAGGACUGGGCAGAUUAAUUAUGAGAGUUGUACUGAGGUCCGAAAGUGGGUGCAGAUUGGAAUACACCAUAGUUAAGGUAAUAAUACCACCCACAGUGUACAGUGCAUUGGGGGGUUAUGAUGGUGACCGGCGGUGUCUGGCUAGAAUUGUCCAUGUAAACAAUACAGUACAGUAGAAUUCAAUAAAUCAAUUAAUCAACCUUUAUUUCCACUUGGUAAUACAUUGAGGGUAACCCUUAUUUUCAAUGCAGCCGAGCAUUUACAAAAUAAAAGGGACUAAAAAAAAUAAGUUUAAAUGAUAAAAACAAGCAAACAAUAUAAGAUUUAAUUAAGAAGAAGUAAAAUAAUUCAGAAUAAAAGCAUAUGCUAAAAUGUAAAGCAAUAAAACAAAGAGAUAAAUAAUUAGAAUGAUAAAAUAUAAACACAAUUAAAGAAAUACAGGACUAAAAUAACACCAAAAUUAUAAAAAAGUAAAUGAUGGAACUAACAUAAAUAAGUUUAAAAAAAGGAUUAAAAAAAAUAAAAGGAUGAAAUAAGUAAAAUAAAUAAAAUAAAAAGGCUAAAAGAUAAAACAUAAAAUUUGACAAAUAAAAAGACAAAAUAGAUAGAAGAAAAAAAAAAUUAAAAGAAAAAACUUUUAGGUAUUAAACGUUUAAAAGACACAGAUUCCACAUCACAUUUAAAUAUCCAAUAUAGUCAACAUGUUUCAUAAGCACUGUAUAUGUUUAUUGUUGUGUUUAUUGUAUGUUUUCACAAGGGCAUUCUUAUCGAUUUUUAUUUCUGUAAAUAAAUAUAUAUAUAAAUGUAUAUAUUUCCUGCAGGUCAGGUUUUUAGAAAUGCCUUUUUAAAGUACUGCACUGAAUACAGAGUGUAAAAUUGAGAGAUUGUUUUAGAUACAGUGCAGGGCCAGAGUCUUGUUGUUUUUAAGCUCGUUCUUUAUUCCUAAUAAGCUUUUUUUUUUAUUUUCUAUUCAUUUUUAAUGGAGUCCAGCACUUUAGGUUUUUUUUUUUUUAGGUUUAUUAUUGUGCAAAACUACUGCAUUAAAUGUUAUAUAUCAUAAAAAGCACAACUUUAGCCAAAUCAGUACUUAAGGCCAGUAAUGAAUUAAAUGUAAAACGUUUUACUUGCUGGGUUUUUAUUGGUACGUCGGAUAAAAAUGAACUUUUUACCUUUAUUUUAAUUCCUGAAGCUAAAUGAAUGCCAUACACUAAAAAAAUUGCAAAAGUCGUGAUAAAUCAGUGUGUAAACUGAAAAUCAAGAGGUACCCCGUGGAACUAAAUGCUUGGGAAAGCCCAUCCACACCUGUGUGUAAGUUGUGAGGUGUUAUCUAGUGAGGGAAGUUAAACACAGUGUCACAUGUGUACCGGGAAUAUGUCAUAUAAGCCUAAUAUUACCACCCGCAGUGGACAGUGCAGUGCAGUGGGUUGUAAUGAUGGCGACCGGCGGCGUCUGGCAUGAAGUGUCCAUGCGUACAGAUAUGCAAAUGCUGUAAACAGUGUUUUAAUUUUGUAUAUUUGAUCAGUGUUUUUAGAUAAUUAACAUCUACAAACGUCUGCAAUCACUGUAACUCCGCCCCCCAGGCCUCUGAGGCACUUUUAUUUAUUCUAAAGCUGAAGAUAAAACGUCUGUUCAUGUGUAUUUUCUGUAUUUUGUGUUAUUUUAGUAAAAUGUGAUCUUAUUGUUGUAUAAAAAUAAAAGAUACAAAUUGUUAUGGA